CGUGUCGCGUUCCUCGGGGGGAUUCCUUGUAAUAUUAAUCCCCCCGCGCUUUUCCUAGGGUUUGUCUCCCCUCCUUUAUUUAUUUGUUUUUGUAUUUUUUUUUUUUUUGUCCACGAUGGAAUCUACCCCCCCUUUUGCAUUCAACAAACGUUUGUGUAUGUUGAGGGCCCGCAGGAGUUGAGCCUGUGACCGUUGUUCCUCGACGUCAUUGCGGGGAUGCCGGCCAGUGCCCGUUGGGUGCUGAGUCAGUACACCCCGCCUCUUUUAAGGACGCAUGGCUUCAGAAAGACCCAUCCACCUUCCUGGCAACGCUCUUUGCCCAGACCCCAUCCUUCACUGUCAACAAACCCAACUAUCCCCCAUCUAGUGACAAGUUUUCUGCACGAUGGUAGAAGCGUGGUACUACAAUACGACCGACCGUUCCGAUGGCCGCUACCCACACCAGUACACUCCCAACCGCCCCGUCCCGCUCUCACUCCUUGCAAAAAUGGGCAUCCAAAUUUCACGGAUAGAUGUAUCACUCCCCAACUACAUGCUCCACAUUGAUGAGAUUUGUACAGAGCGCGCCUACAAGCACCGAGAUGAAAUUACAAUCUCAAAAGAGCUGCUUCCUAAUUAUGAACAGUUGAUCAACAUGUUUUUCACGGAACACAUGCAUCCCGAUGAAGAGAUUCGGUUCGUUGUAGAAGGUUCUGGGUUCUUUGAUGUACGAAGUCCCAAUGAUGUUUGGAUCCGUAUCAAGGCUGGGCCGAGCGACUUGAUUGUCCUGCCUGCAGGCCUCUACCAUCGCUUUACCCUCGACGCUAGCAACUACAUCAGAUGUGUCCGUGUUUUCAAAGAGUUGACAGUUUGGACAUCCCUGAAUCGGUCUCCAGACACCGAUACCAACAGUCAUCGCAUUGCAUACCUGAAUAACUACGCCGAUGCCGGCCGAUACUUUCAGAAAGAAGCGUGCUUUUGCUGCUGCGAGGAAUAAUAAUCACCACAUAGGAUAAUCCUGGAGAAUAAGUUUCCAGAGAAUUAAAUGUUAUUAAAUAGUUUACAGUCAAGAAUCGUCAACGUAGAAGUAGUUAUUUUAUCAUCCGUAUAUACCCCGUUAUAUUGUCUUAAACUCCGUAGUUACAGAUCAUGUAUGAAUAUAAAAAAGUCAAUUCCUUCCUUAAACAUGGA